UAUAUUAGCUAUAUAAGGGUUUCUCUUGUAUUUCGCUGUCAUUGCUACGAGAGAGGCUCGGGGAAUAUGCUGAGUCGUCUAGCUCUUAUACUAGUUCUCGCCGCCGGCGGCUCCUGCAUGGAAAUGCGGGAGACCGUUGAACGUAUGGUGAUGGUCCGCACUACCGGAUCUGACCUUCAACCUGCCGCCUCAGGCUACAUAUACAAAAAGAAAAACGAUGGAAAGGAAAGUGUUAUCGAAAUGGGCGAAAGUGAAAUCAUGGAACAAUUAGCUAAGCUUUACGAACAGCCGAAAGCUUUUGGCGCGCCAAUUCCAAUCUCAAAAGGACUUAAGACAGAGGAAGAAGAUGAAAAGAAUUCGGAAUCUCAGAGUGCAGAACGUGUCAUACCUGUAAAAGAGAAACAAGAAGAUCACAUUGAUGGCAUAGCUGAUGAUGAUUAUAAGAAGAUCUUUGAUGAGUAUACAUCGCUUUACGGUGAUAAUAAAGCCUAUGACGAUUACAUUCGUAGUUUGAGUCAUUUCGGUGAUGGACUUUAUAACGGGUAUGCAGGAGAUAAUAAACACGAUGACAAAGGAUAUAAAGGAUUUAACAAAAAGCAGCGCUAUGGGGACGGUAAAGCUGGUGACUAUCACAAUGAAAAAUACGAAAGUUAUGCCUAUUCAGACAGCGAUCGUAAGGGAGAUGAAAGCAAAGAUCAUGAAAAACACAACGAACAUAAUGAAAACGAAGAUAAUGGAAAGAAAUCUGCUCCCGGCAAGGCAGACGCCCAUGGAUUCUAUAAAGUCUUCGAUAAACAUGACGACCAACGCCAAAAAAACCAUAAAAUUUAUGACAAUGAAGACAAAAUCGGUUUCCAUAAAUUCGCAGGCGGACAUAAAUAUCACGGAGCAGAAGACAGAGGAUACGAUAAAGAUGGAUCUCACGAGUCAAGGCAUCAACUCCACUAUGGAACGAGCGGGCACCAUGAUGAAGGAUCAGGAACAGAAGCAGAUCAUUCCUCCGAAGAAGGAGAAUCUUCCAGUGAAAAACACGGAGACUAUGGAUCAAAGGUGGGACAGACUGCAGGCCACGGCUACGGCUUCAAGAUUAAGCAUUGAUGUUGACGUGUUAAAGAUAUUUGUUAUAGUUUUGUUAACUUUUGUAAAUAUUUAAUUUAUUAUUAGAUAAAG